UUAGUUCUAGCAGAAGAAUCCAAGAGCAAAAUAAUGGAUUGUCAGGCCACAGGAAACCCAAAGACUGGAGAAGCCUCAAUGAAUUGUGGAGUAAAAGUGGGCAGUGAUCAAGCCAAUGUAAAAGCUGGAGUAUUUGCCGAAACUCCAUUCAAAGGUGGACCAGUGACCAAGGGAGUCUAUGGGGCUGUGAAUGCGAAUGGUCAUGGCUUAUCGGUUCAGCAUGGUCAUAGGGAACAUUUUGGUGGCACAACUACAUUGGGGGCCAAUGUGAGCCUCUUGCCCCAAGGAAGUGCUUCUAGUCUCAAUGCCAAUGCCUAUCACAGUCAUAAUCAAAGACUUGAGCAAUUCGGUGGUGGUCUUAAUUUGCAAACUCCUGCUGGUCAUGCAGCUGCGGUGGGUAUUGAUCGUAUACCCAAGUUCGAUAGCACCACAGUCCAUGCGGCUGGCAAUGCAAGGAUCUAUACAUCACCCAGUGGCAACUUUCAAUUGAAUGGCACUGCAAAUGCCACUCGCCAUUUGAGUGGUCCUCUUCGUGGUAAACAGGAUUUUGGAACCGGGAUAAGUGGUCGAUACAAUUUUUAAAUCUGCCACGGCUCUAUCAUCUAUCAAAUUGUAACCUAUUAAUAACGAAUCAUUGGAUUUCAUAUAAUCUAUCAAAAGCAAUAACAAGCCACAAAUGUAUGUAUGUGUGCGUAGUAUCCUAUUUUAUCCUUGCAAUGACAAACCAAUUUUUAGCUACUCAGCCGCCAAGGAGAUGGAGACAGGCAACGUGAAGUACCAUAAAAAUAAUUCAAAAUAAAUUGCUUCACAUAAAAAAACAA